GCCGCGGGCUCCGCCGCUCCGCAGCAGCCGGUAGCCAUGCGCUGGUUUAGUUGCUCCUAGUUGCUGAAGUAAAACUUCUGUCCUCCCCAUGCUAACUGUUGACAUGGAAAACAAGGAAAAUGGCUCUCUGGAUGUCAAAAAUUCACUAGAGAAUGGGAGACCUCUGGAUCCUGCUGACUGGGCUGUUACUGAUGUUGUGAAUUAUUUCAGAACAGCUGGAUUUGAAGAACAAGCCAAUGCUUUUCAGGAACAGGAAAUUGAUGGCAAAUCAUUACUGUUGAUGACAAGAAAUGAUGUACUGACUGGACUUUCAUUAAAACUGGGGCCUGCGCUGAAAAUCUAUGAAUAUCACGUAAAACCUCUACAGACACAACAUCUAAAGAACAACUCUUUAUAGCUAAUUGUCUAAUUGGGGUCAUGCUGUGCCUCAAAGGAAAAAUAAGCAAUUUGGUUUCAUGUGAUGGAACUUUGUAAAGAGAGAAUAUAUCUAUUAAGAGUUUAAACCAAAUUAGAAUAUAUAUCCUAUUGGAUAGAGCUGGCAAUAUACUAUAUGCUGAGUCUGAACUGAGAGAGGUGGUGUGUAUUUUUUACAUAGUACAUAAUGAUUUUCUCUUUUAGGAAGUGUCAAUGAGCAUGUUGAGAUAGCUACAUCACUGUAUCCAGAACAAAAGGGAGGUAUGUCAUUCUCAUUUUUGAGCCAGACAUGUUCUUGAUUUCAUUAAUUAAGAUACCAAAAAGUUAAACAAAAACAACCCCAAAGUUUACAUGCAUCUUUAGAGAGAGGAACCAAUUAAAGUAGGUUUUGGUUUGCGCUAAAGACCUACUAAAAUUAUUACUACUUAUAAUUUCAGGAUGGGACUGACACUUGCCAAGUCACCCUUUUUUGCAGAGGGUCCUAUUUUGACCUUAUUAAGGUUUACUUGUGGUAUGCUGCAAUGUUUAAAGCUGUACAUAGAACUAACAUAACUCCUUCAAUAGCAGAAGGUGUUGCUGACAGGUGAAACUGAGUUGUGUAUUUUUUGCUGUCCUUUAAAUUUUCAGCUUUUCACCUGUUUUUAAUAGUAGUCCUAUGUAAAAUAUAGUUGUUUUUUAAGAGUUUAUUUUGCUUUGCAAACAAAAAAGCUUCACUUUAUUCCUUUUUUAAUUUAUGAUUGUUUUCUAACAUUAUGCAGAAAUUUGUAAAAAGUAAAAUUCUGCACAUUUUUAAUAUUGUCUGUCUUUGGUGUUGUAAUGAUUGAUUUUUUUUUAAUGCUUUACUUAACACUUUGAAUACUUGUUUUAAGAACUGAAAGAAGCUGUCUUGUCAUCAUACAUCUCUGUUAAAAGAGAGUCAUGUUCAAUCUGUUUGUACUGGUUCCCUAUUUGAUAGGUUGCUUGCUAUAUCCCAAUAAAACAUUGCUUAUGUUUGGAUUC